GCCGACUCCGUAGACUUCACUCUCAACGGAAAGAAAAUCACUUUAUUUAGCGGUUCUUUACAUUACUUCCGAUUACCGGCACAGUAUUGGAAGGACAGGCUGUUGAAGUUCAGGGCCGCCGGACUUAACACGGUGCAGUCAUACGUGGCCUGGAACAUACACGAGGACAUCCCUGGCCAAUGGGACUUUGAGACCGGAUUCCGAAACCUGCGAGAGUUCCUCAAAGCCGUCAAAGAGGCCGAUAUGUUCUUCUGGUUCCGGAUCGGCCCCUACAUCGACGCCGAGUGGGAAUUGGGAGGCUUUCCCGCGUGGAUGCUCAGGGAUCCUAAAAUGAGAUUCAAGUCCAACUACAAGCCUUACCUGAACGCAGUGGAGGCCUACUUCAUGAAGGUUUUAGCCCUUAUCGAUGAGUUCCAGUUCCAAAAGGGCGGCCCGUAUUAUCGGGACGUCAUGCUCUUGCUCAAGCCCCCUAUUGUGAUGCCAUUUACUGUAUGUGGCGUUUUAGAGACGGAUAACUUUAACUCGGAUUCAUUAAAGCACUUGACUGCAUUACGCCAAGCUCAACCUAAUAAACCCCUAUACGUAUCUGAAUUUUGGCCAGGCUGGUUUGACUCCUGGGGUGGCGGUCACGCCCACUACGACGUCAAGAAGUUUGAGAAGGAGGUAACGGAUGUGGUAUUCAAUGCCAACGCGUCCAUCAAUUUCUACAUGUUUUUCGGCGGAACUAACUUUGGGUUUAUGAAUGGCGGCGAUGGGGAUAAGGCUCUGGUCACCAGUUAUGACUAUAAUGCACCAUUAUCUGAGACAGGCAAUUAUACGGAUAAGUAUUGGAAAACAAAGGAAUUGAUUGAAAAGUUUAAUAAAGAGAGGUCUCAACCAAAGCUAUUAAUACCUAAACCCCCGACAUAUGUGGCUCCUGUAUCUUAUGGUAAGAUAAAGGGAUUACUUGAGUUUAGAGGACGUGUUGACAAUGAAAAGUUUAAUAAAGAGAGGUCUCAACCAAAGCUAUUAAUACCUAAACCCCCGACAUAUGUGGCUCCUGUAUCUUAUGGUAAGAUAAAGGUUAGGGAUUACUUGAGUUUAGAGGACGUGUUGACAAAAAUCAAGCCAAUCGUCACCGAAAAGCCACAACACAUGGAGUUAUUAAACAUUGGCACAUAUUAUGGACAAAAUUAUGGUUUCAUUCUCUAUAGACUCACAAACUUACAGAAGUUUAAGCAUCUAAAACUGACCGGUGGUGCCUCUGAUCGGGGAGUCAUACUCGUAGACCACAAGGAAGUUGGUGUCGUUGAGGGUAAGAAAGACUAUAAUCAGGACUUAAAUGACACACAAUUUGCAAACACAACGACUCAUACGUUGGAUAUUGUGGUUGAAAACUGGGGACGUCUGAAGAUCGGCUCUAAUAUGAAUAUCGAUCGCAAGGGUCUUAAUGGAGAUGUUGAUGUCGAUGCAAAAGUUGCCACAAAUUUCCAGACAUUUCCGCUUGAAUUCAAAGAACCAUUUGUUAAACAAUUGUCUGAAUUGAAGGGAAAACCUUUCGUUGAGGGCAUCAAAAGCCCAGCCGUUUAUCGGUUAGAAUUGGAUAUUAAGGACAGUCCUAAGGACACAUUCAUACGACUGGACGGUUGGUCGAAGGGAAAUGUAUUUAUCAAUGAUUUCAAUAUAGGCCGGUAUUACCACAUCGGACCCCAACAGACACUGUAUAUCCCUGCACCGUUACUAAAAACAGGCAAAAAUGAUAUAUUAGUGUUUGAGUUGCAUUCAUCAACUGGCCAGGUUGAAUUUGUUGAUACCCCACAUUUGGGAUAAUCCUUGUAAUGAAAUAAAUACUAAACUACACUCAAUAAAAUUUUUAUAAUU